GUUAUAAAGGCCUUGGAAAAAAAGGCAAUACCGUAGUGCAGUGCAGUGUUGCUGAUAAUUAAGGAAAAGGAGUUGCAGUUGCAGGUGUACGUUCCAGUCCAGAAGAGCCAUGGAAAUGGAAGAUGAUCUCCCCACAACCAUUGUUCUCUACAGCUCUCAGACGCAUCUCAAUACCAUGCUCGUUCUCGCCAAGUUCAUCGCCAAACACCACCCUCGCCCUACGCUCACCAUUAUCUCCUCUGCUCCACCUCCCCACCACGAUCCCUCCUUCACCUACCAUCGUAUCUCCGACGCCGUUCCGUCCGUACCAAUCCCCAAUAUUCUCGAGCGAUUGUUUGAAAUUCCUCGCCUCACCAACCAAAACCUUCGCGACGCGCUCCAGGAAGUCUCUCGGAAAUCCAAAAUCGCAGCGAUUGUUGUCGAUUUCUUCUGCUACUCCGCAUCUGAGGUUUCUACGAGCUUGAAUAUUCCCACUUAUUUCUAUAUUAGCAACGGUGGAUCUGGCGCUAUUCUGCUUUUGUACUUUCCGGUUAUUGAUGAAAUCGUUAAUGGAAACAUCGAGGAUUUGGAUGAUUUUCUGGAAAUUCCUGGAUAUCCGCCGAUUCACAGCUCGGCUUUGCCUAAGCUGCUUGCAUUUCGUCAGAGUAAAACUUACCUACACUUUCUGAAAGCCGCCAUGGAAGUUCGCAGAUCCAAGGGAAUCCUCGUGAACACGUUCGAUGCGCUUGAGUAUCGCGCUAAGGAAGCAUUAUCCAACGGUUUCUGCGUUCCGAACGGUGUAUCUCCUCCUGUUUACUUCGUCGGACCACUGAUUUCUGAAACCAGCGCCGGCGAUCACGAGUGCCUCAAGUGGCUCGAUUCGCAGCCGAAUCGGAGCGUUGUGUUCCUCUGCUUCGGCAGACGAGGCUUGUUCUCUGCUAAACAGGUGAAGGAAAUCGCCGUCGGAUUAGAAAACAGCGGUCGCCAUUUUCUCUGGUCCGUACGGAGUCCGCCGGAGAUGCAGAGCUCGUCGCCGGCGGGGGAGGUGAACUUGGAUGAGUUGCUGCCUGACGGUUUCUUAGAAAGGACUAAAAAACGUGGGUUAGUUAUCAAAUCGUGGGCCCCACAGAAGGAGAUACUGAGUCACGACUCGGUCGGCGCGUUCGUGACUCACUGCGGGCGGAGCUCCAUUAAUGAGGCGCUUCUGUUUGGGGUUCCGAUGAUCUGCUGGCCGAUAGACGCCGACCAGUUUAUCAAUGCUACCCUCGUGGUGGAAGAGUUCAAGCUAGGGCUGCCGCUGGCGGCGGCGGCGGACGGUUUCGUGAAGGCGGACGAGUUGGAGAAUCGAAUUCGGGAGGUGACGGAGUCGUUGACGGGGAGGUCAAUCAGGCACCGUGCUUCAGAGAUGAAGGCGGCCGUCGCUGCGGCGGCGCAGCCGGACGGAUCGUCGGUGGCGGCGCUGGAGAAAUUCGUCCGAUCACUGCGGAAAGACUGAAAAGAGAUUUGUUACUGCGGUAAGUAAUGUUUUAGCUAAAUAACAAUAAUAAUGUUUAUGCUGCAAAUUACUAUUAAUCAAGUAAUGUGCGGUCGACAUAACGAUGUGUUUGCUCUGAAUUUUAUUUUAUUUUAUUUAUUUCUGAAUAUGCAAUGAUAAUGGAUAUUUGUUACCCUCGUUGAAAAUAA